CCGAAGUAAAAAAAAAAGAAUAAGGAUUUUCUCAUUAAAUUUCCAAAGAUUAGUCUUUUGUAUGUAUCUUCACUUUCUUAUGAAUGUGUAAACCUUACUCAUUCCCGUGAUCCUACUUUGGGAUUUCGCUAGAAGAAGUUUAGGUGACGACCUUAAUUUAAGUUUGUAAAUGCAGGUCCUUUCUUUCUAGGGUUUAUCGAAAUUGGUGUAAAUCUUUUGGAAUUGGUUUGAGAUUUUUUCUUUUGGGGAAUUGCAAUUCAUUAGUCGUCGUGAUCCAGUGUGUUUUUAAGUGAAGUAAGGCAUUUUCGAUAUUCGGAGACUUUUAGGUCAAUGUCGGCUCCACCGCGAGUUCGGUCUGUGGAUUCAUCCGACCGAGAAUUCAGAUCAGUUCUUGGUCCCGCCGGCAAUAAGCUGCAGCAGAAACCGUUGUCAAAGCCGGUGAAGAAGCCUGUGGCUGAGAAAACCAAAAACCUAACCUUUACGGAGAAAAUGCCGCAAUGCUCGCCUCUAAGCCCUCCAAUUCUGAGACGUAAUGGUAUUUCGAUGACUGCUUCGUAUUCUUCAGAUGCGUCGUCUUCUUGCGAGUCGUCGCCGUUAAGUAUGACGUCUACUUCGAGUGGAAAGAGGGUUUUGCGGCGAAGUGGGUCAGUUUCUUCUUCCUCUUCACUGAGAAGAAAUCUGACGGAGGAGAGAGAUGAGAAGGCUAGUGAUUGCUUCUGUGACGGUCGUAAAAGAUGCGCUUGGAUCACCCCUAAAUCUGAUCAAUGUUACAUUGCCUUCCAUGAUGAAGAAUGGGGAGUUCCUGUCCAUGAUGACAAGAGACUUUUCGAGUUAUUAAGCUUGUCUGGUGCUCUUGCUGAACUAUCUUGGAAAGACAUUCUUUCCAAAAGACAACUAUUCAGGGAGGUUUUCAUGGACUUUGAUCCAAUUGCAAUAUCUGAAUUAACAAAUAAAAAGAUAACAUCCCCUGAGAUUGCUGCCACCACGUUACUAUCAGAGCAAAAGCUACGGUCAAUCCUCGAGAAUGCUAACCAAGUUUGCAAGAUAAUAGGUGCAUUUGGAUCAUUUGACAAGUACAUUUGGAACUUCGUUAACCAGAAACCUACUCAGAGCCAAUUCCGGUACCCACGUCAAGUCCCUGUGAAGACUUCGAAAGCCGAGUUGAUAAGCAAAGAUCUUGUACGCAGAGGUUUUCGCAGUGUAAGUCCAACGGUUAUUUACUCGUUCAUGCAAACAGCUGGUCUCACAAACGACCAUCUCACUUGCUGCUUCAGACACCAUGACUGCAUGACAAAGGACGAGACUGGUAAUUAAAGAAAAACCAAGAGAGAAUAGUUUUAACUCUGUGCUGCUUAGGAUGCUGUUGUGCUGUGUUUGCAUUUGUACAGAUAUUUUUGUUGUUGUUGUCAAACUAGGAGGAGUUUCUAAAGCCGAAUGUAUUGGAGAUUGUAUGAAAAACGAUUACAUGUUAC